AAUUGUUUGGCAAUCAUUUGAAAAGCAAAACAUGAGUUUUGUUUUGCCAUUCAUUUAAUCGUUAAUUGAGUUCAUUGUUGUGUUUUGUGCCCACAAUUCAACGCACGUGCGUUUGGGUCGACACGUGUUUGCGGCCAAUAAUCGCAGUGACACUCAAUUGAAGACUAUUUUGUUGUCUUCAAUACAAACAUAUCGUAACGAAAACCAAACGAUCGGUUCUUUCCAUUGAUUGACAAUCUCUUCGGCCGUCACCGCAAAGCCAUCACUCAAUCAUGUCUUUAGCCGACGAACUGUUGGCCGAUUUGGAGGCCGACGGCGACGAUGACUACGACGAGCACGUGAUGGCAGCCAUGGCCUCCACCGGCGGCCCCAACACUGCGGCCGGCGGGACACCAAUGGACACCACCGAUGGUGACCAAAGUCUGCAGACGGGCUACACUUCUGUCCGAUCGUUGGCCAAACUCGUGGACAGCGAAGAGUUGGCGCGAGUGAUGAACGAAAUCAAAGCGAAACAAUUGACCGGCGAGUCCUCUGAAGAGUUUCGCUCCAAGAAUCAGAUCGACGGUCCCGUAGAGUCACAUCCGGAGUACAAACUGAUAGUCGACGCCAACAAUAUGGCGGUCGAGAUCGACAAUGACAUCAAUAUUGUCCAUAAGUUUGUGAGGGAUAAGUACGCCAAACGGUUCCCGGAGUUGGAGUCAUUGGUUCCGUCGGCGCUCGAGUACGUGAUGACUGUGAGAGAGUUGGGCAACGAUUUGAACAAAGCCAAGACCAACGAAGUGAUGGCACAGUUCUUGACUCAGGCCACGAUUAUGGUGGUGUCCGUCACCGCCUCUACCACUCAGGGACUCACACUCACCGACGAUGAGCUCCACUAUAUCACCGAAGCGUGUGAUAUAGCCAUCGAUUUGAAUAACUUUAAGCUCAAGAUCUAUGAGUUCGUGGAGUCGCGGAUGUCGUUCAUUGCGCCCAACCUUUCGGCGAUCGCCGGCGCGUCGAUUGCGGCUAAACUGAUGGGUCUGGCGGGCGGUCUGACUAACCUAUCGAAGAUGCCGUCAUGUAAUCUGGAAGUGUUGGGCUCUCAGCGCCGGACACUCAGCGGUUUCUCUUCGUCGGCGAUUAUGCCUCACACGGGGUUUGUAUUCCUAACCGAUUUGGUUCAGGACUCGCCGCCAGAUCUGCGCCGAAAAGCGGCCCGACUUGUGGCCAAUAAGGCGACGAUAGCGGCGCGAGUGGACGCCUCGCACGCGGCCAGCGAUGGCUCCAUUGGGCGUCAGUUUCGGGACAAAAUUGAGCGCCAAUUGGAUAAACUCCAAGAGCCGCCGCCCGUCAAACAGGUGAAGGCUUUGGUGACGCCCAUCGACCAGCCGCAGAAGAAACGCGGCGGCAAACGGAUCCGUAAACUCAAAGAACGACUCGUUAUAACGGAUCUCCGAAAACAGGCCAAUCGAAUGACGUUCGGCGACAUCGAGGACGACGCCUAUCAGGACGACCUCGGCUUCACAACGGGCCAAAUGGGCCGCUCGGGCACCGGGAAGAUCAGGGCUCCCACUGUCGACGAGAAGACCAAAGUUCGCAUCUCGAAGACACUGCACAAGAAUCUACAGAAACAGAACCAGACUUACGGCGGCAGCACUACAGUCAAGCGUCAGGUCUCGGGCACGGCUUCGAGUGUGGCCUUUACGCCACUGCAGGGCCUCGAGAUCGUGAACCCACAGGCGGCCGAAACCCGCGUCAAUGAGGCCAACGCUAAGUACUUUUCAAACACAAGCGGUUUCUUAAGUGUUCGCCCGAAAUAAACAUUAUUUUAAUUUAUUAAAAAUAUAUUUCAUUCAUCGAAAUAAUGUGUUUAUGUUUUACCCGACAUUUCAUUC